AUGAUCGUGUUCUUUGACAUCCUACUACUGGAUGACGACGUUUGUCUACAAAGCCCGCAUCGGCAAAGACGUCUACUACUGCAAAGUGUAGUGGAGACGAUUCCAGGGCGUGCGGCCAUUUCUGAACAAGAAAUACUGGACUUCGGCCGGUCCGACAGCCAAGAUCGACUAGAGGCGAGCUUUGCCAACGCUAUUGCUCAACGAUGGGAGGGAUUAGUGUUGAAGGGUUGUGACGAACCUUAUUUUCCAAUCUACGCUGCGGGUGUUGAUAGAUCAUUCGGCCGAUGGAUCAAGCUCAAGAAAGACUAUAUCCCUGGUCUCGGUGACACAGUCGACCUUGCGUUAGUUGGCGCAUGGUACAACGCCCAGGAAGCUGCUGCUUUUGAACCUACCAAACAGUUGCGGUGGACGCACUUCCUAGUCGGAUGCCUUCUCAAUAAGACCGCUUUUCUACAGUCGGGUGCCAAGCCCCAUUUCCGGGUAGUUGAUGCGAUCGAUCGCCACUGCAUGCACCGAAAUGUAUUGCAACUCCUCAAUCAACUUGGCGAUUUCCAUGCGUGCUCUCCUGAGGAAUUCGAAGGGUUUGAUCUUGAGUACGGACGAAAUAAUCUCGCCGCAGCAUCGGCGCUUUUCAAAAAGCCUUUCAUUGUGGAAAUGAUGGGCAGCGGGUUUGAAAAGCCGUCUGGGGCGCGAUAUUUCACACUUCGAUUUCCACGCAUAUUGAAGGUACACACUGACAGAACCCUGGAAGAUGCCGCAUCCUACAGGGAACUACAGCUGUUGGCGGAAGAUGCACGAUCUGUGCCCAUUGAAGAACUCUCGCUGGACCGAGCGCAGUGGCAGAAGCGGCUGAAAACUGGAAAUGGGCUCAAUCAGUAUAUCGUGCGCCGGUCACGCAGUCUUUCGACGGAUAGUGGCUCAAGCACAGAGUCAGAUGUACCCGGUGGUUCUGAGACCACGGUGAGCGAUCACGAAGUUGGUCAGCAUCCAAUACCGAGUCAUAACUACACACAAAAAGUGUUAUCCUCAAAUGCGGGUCAUGGCCAGACACUCAGCAGCACCGAUAAUGCUCCUGUGGUCUAUAUUGAUGAAGUCAGGCUUCCCUCGGGGGCCGUUGCCCUACCAGACGAAUCACACGUUCUAGCCGAGAACGAUAACCUGUCACGUCUCCGGAUCUCAGGCCAAAAAAGCCACAGUAUCAUCCACCAGGGGAAGCAGAAUAUUUUAAAAGCCGUGGAUGAAAGUUCGCAACCUCAUUCAGCUCUCACAGAGUCGUCUUGUUCACGGGUCACCAACCUCACCUCCACACAUCGAGAAGUGCGAACAACUCGCAAAGCAGUCGAAAGUUCCUACAGGCGGAACCAUUCUCUCGGAGGCUCAUUCGAGCAAACAAAGUUCCCGAAAUCCCCGCUUACGACAAUUCCCGUAUACAUGUCCGGGACGCAGUCAGAGGACGGUAUAACUUCCUCCAACCUAUCUCAAUUCCUCCAGGCUCUGGGCUCCAGUGAAACAAGAUCUCUUCUUCGACACUCGAACCCUCAAGCCGCUUCUCGAGGUGCCGCGUUUGGUAUAGUCCUUGCCAAUCCUGGUGAAUCGCCCCUUGGACAACUGAUCCACAAGGUUGCGAAGGGUCUGUCUCGGUCUCUGCAGAACGUAAAGAACUCUUUUCCCGCCAAUGGCAGAAUAUUCUUCUUGGACGCUGUCAUAUUAGCAGAGAGAAUAAACCCCGCAGAUCUUCGAUUCUGUCUACGUAAUACGUGGUACAGUCUCGGCCAAAAAUAUUACUACGCUUGUCUCCGAUGGAAUUUGAUUGAAAGGUCCAACCAGGCAGGCUUGCCUACUGAAACUCAGACAGAGCACAUGGAUGGCAAUCACCGAAAUGUUAACGGUUCGCAGCCACUUGGCCUUAUGGUAAGCUUUGAUGAAGCUGAAAUCCUCGCUUUAGGCGAGUACAGGUCAUUCAGCCAUUUGACCGACACCAGCAACAUCUGA